AAACCAUUUGUUUAGUAAACAAAACCCAAAACUCAAACCAAAUGUUUGACACAAUUUGUAAAUCAAAUCACAAUUAAAACCACAAAAAUCACCGCAAACUUCUUGGACAACACAAACGGAUCCACAUAAACACCGCCACCGCUUCUCCAGCCAUGUCUUCGGACGAGAAACCGUUGAUCACCGUAUCGGGUAAUCAGUCUCUAGUGUCGGACCAAUUGUCGCAACAAAUCACACGGGAUUUACCACAAGAAGGCGUUGAAUGGCAACGGACCUACGGUCGGGCCUCGAAGAUAGUCUACUUGGAGGCCAAACUCGUGCCACUGAUAGCCGACCAGCACUUGACCGCCGAGACGGACCACUUGCAGCUCCUGUCGCGACCCCUACUCUACACCUAUUGGACCGAUUGUCCCGAUGUGGACACCUAUAAGGCCCACACGAGGGACGAGAUCUCUGUUUGGUUGCAUAAGCUCUCGGCCCGCGGUAUCAACGACUGGUUCGUCGUUCACGUGGACACCGGCGGCGCCGACGGCCGUAAGGGUAUCAACAAAACCAAACUCUUGCCGACAAUCAAGACGUCAGUGAUGGACAAAAUACGUAACGAUUUCCCGGCCGUGAAGUCGACGGGCGGUGUCGAGCGUGCGAUCAGUUUACUGGACGCCACGAGUGUCGGCACCGGUGGCGGUAGUAGUAGUGGUAACCAUCGGAACGAGUCUAAGACGGCCGACAGUUAC